AUGGCAACUGAGCAGGAGAGGGCUGAGCUCGAUGCCAGGGCGAAGCAAGGAGAGACUGUGGUCCCAGGUGGGACCGGAGGUAAGAGCCUUGAGGCCCAAGAGCAUUUGGCUGAAGGUCGUAGCCGUGGAGGGCAAACGAGGAGGGAGCAGCUGGGGACGGAGGGAUACCGGGAGAUGGGCCGCAAGGGCGGGAUCAGCACCAUGGACGAGUCCGGAGGGGAGCGAGCAGCCCGUGAAGGGAUCGAUAUCGACGGGUCCAAGUUUAGGCCUUAAUUAGAGCUGCUGUGU